UUUUAUAUCUAAAGAUAGAUUUAUGUUCUCCUUUUUGAAUAUAUCCUUAAGACAGCGGGGGAUGCCGAAAAACCCGUGCAAGUGACACGCGAGCACGCAUCAACUCAGACACACACCCAUUGGCAUUGAGGCUUUUCGAUUUCGCACACGGCCGACAUCGGUCCCCAAAGCCGACGACUCGAACGAGAGGAUGAAGCGGGCGCCCCUCCCUUCCCGAUCUGGCACAGCUUUUGCCGCUGUGGUUGAGUUGGCAGGUUGGUUUUCAUGUUCCAAGGUGGGGACAACUUUCCACUCCUCAGGUGACCACAUGAAUUUUAUGCGUGGUGAGCGGGCGUCAAGCUUGGCAAUCAAUCUUUCGGGCUUGACGCCGAGAGAUUCCAAUUCGUCACGCUUCCUGAGAGAACAGGGCGUAUCAUUCAACGUGAAUCCCAGGCAACACCACGCACGCCGGGAUGACUGUCAACACCGCGCAGGGUCCCAACGAAUGCUCUGGCAACCACCGAGCCACCCCUCUGGGUCGUUGUGUUACUCUUGUGUCACCGUCUCAGGUCCAGACCCGCAGGGGGUUCACUGCAUUGUGAGACAUGGAGAGGCAGGGCGAGUUGGGCUUCUGCCAGAACCGAUUGGCCAACAAGAAUCUCGGGAUUCGGGGAUCCAACAGUCAAUACGGCCGGGGCCCAUAGCCGUGCCGCUUGUUGACGGCUUUUCCGCGCGUCGACCAUGGAGAGGGGUUCGAAUGAAUGAUGAUGCCCCUCGCGCUCAUUGGGAUGGGUCAGCUUCGAGAACAUGAACACU